AGGGCAAAAGAAAAGAAAAGAAUCGAAAUUUGGACAGCGCAGACACACAUAAGGAAAUAGAAGACGCGUUAGAUAGUGGGAAGCAAAUAACAACUGUUCCUUCUGAUCAGUCAUCACCACUGUUUAAGAAAUGUUCAUCAAACUAACUUUUCAGAUUAAAUUCCAUUCCCUGCCUCCCUCACUUUUCUACACAUAGAAAAAACAAAAGAAAUACACUAUAACUUGAUCAUAUGAUUUUCUAGGAGGAGAAACUAGGUUUUGUGAGGGUUGACACUUGACAUGGAGGAGCGGUAUGAGCCAUUGAAGGAGCUUGGUUCUGGCAAUUUUGGUGUGGCCAGGCUCGCCAAAGACAAGAAAACCGGACACCUUGUUGCGGUCAAAUACAUAGAGAGGGGUAAAAAGAUUGAUGAGAAUGUUCAGAGGGAGAUAAUUAACCACCGAUCUUUAAGGCAUCCAAAUAUAAUCAGGUUCAAAGAGGUCUUGUUGACCCCUACACAUUUAGCUAUAGUAUUGGAGUAUGCCUCAGGUGGUGAACUUUUUGAGAGGAUAUGUACUGCUGGUCGAUUUAGUGAAGAUGAGGCAAGAUAUUUCUUCCAGCAGCUAAUAUCUGGGGUUAGCUACUGUCAUUCAAUGGAAAUUUGUCAUAGAGAUCUGAAAUUGGAAAACACUCUCUUGGAUGGAAAUCCUUCUCCUCGACUUAAAAUUUGUGACUUCGGUUACUCCAAGUCUGCUCUACUGCACUCUCAACCUAAAUCAACAGUGGGAACUCCUGCAUACAUUGCUCCGGAGGUUCUGUCACGGAAGGAGUAUGAUGGAAAGAUUUCAGAUGUUUGGUCCUGUGGUGUGACUCUUUAUGUUAUGCUAGUUGGUGCAUACCCAUUUGAAGAUCCAGAAGAUCCUAGAAAUUUCAGAAAGACUAUUGGGAGAAUAAUAGGUGUUCAGUACUCCAUACCGGACUAUGUUCGUGUUUCUUCUGAGUGUAGGAAUCUUCUCUCUCGCAUCUUUGUUGCCGAUCCUGCAAAGAGGAUCACCAUCCCAGAGAUAAAACAGAACCCUUGGUUUCUGAAGAAUUUGCCUAAAGAGAUCAUUGAAGCUGAAAGAAAAGGUUUCGAGGAAACAAAGAAAGACCAACCAAGCCAGAGAGUUGAAGAAAUCAUGAGGAUCAUACAAGAGGCAAUGAUACCAGGAAAAGCAUCCAAAGCUGGUGAUGGUGGACAAGCUGGCACUGGAUCAUUAGAUGUUGAAGAUGAUGAGGAAAUUGAUGUUAGUGGUGACUAUGAACCUGUGUGAUCGAGAACUUGAUUAGUUGAUGACCAGAUUGUCUAUAAGACAUAGUCAGCAUUUAUCACAACACUGGUGUUCUAAAGAUACUUAUUAUACUCAGGCGUGAAAUAGGAUUGUGUUUAUUUACAUGAAUAAUAAUAUUAAGAUUUAAGAAAAGGCUGGUAUUGGUUUAUAGUUUCAGUAAACUAUUUGUUUGGUACGUGGUUUACCAACAGAGCAAAUACUUUGUAUAAAAGGAGUAUUUGAUAUUUUCA